AUGUUUGUUUUUGUUAAUUUUCUGAAUCCAUCUUUAUUUUACUCAUUAUUACUUGCUAGCUUGUUCUUGUUAAUUUUCGCGCUUGGAUGUAAAAGCAUCGAAAUUCGGUAUAUUUAUUACACGUACGAAUGCGCAGAAUGUAGAUGUUUUUUUAUUUUAAAAGGCGGAUAUCCAUUGGGUUCGAAAAGUUACGCAAAACAGAAUAGUCAGGAAAAAUGGCCUAAAUUUGAUCUGGUCAAGAAAAGGAACUUUGCCUUAAAACUAAACCCUUACCCGUGCUCUCCUUUGCAGUUGUUUAAUUUUAAUCAAUUUUUUUCUAGUGAACUUUACGCUCCAGAUGGCGCUCCACUACAAUUAGGUGAAAAAUUACAACGACCCAAGCUGGCUAGAACGUACGAGAAAAUCGCGAAGCAUGGAGCGGAUUAUUUCUACCAAGGUGAAAUGGCCGACACGAUCAUCGACGACUUACGACAAGCUGGGGGCGUCAUGACGAAAGAAGAUCUUGCCAAAUAUCAAGUUGUCAUCCAAGAUCCACUGAAAACUAAGAUCAAUAAUUUCAACGUUCUUUCAGUUCCCUCGCCUGGUAGCGGUGCAUUACUCUUACUAUCAUUAAAGAUCAUGUCGAAAUUCAAUUGGAAGCCGAAAGACUUUAUGGAUGAUCCUGCAUUGGUUUACCAUCAGAUGAUUGAAGCAUUCAAGCUUGCAUAUGCCCCGACGACUUUUUUGGGUGACCCACGGUUUACACCACAUGCUCAUCAGGUUGAACAAUACAUGUUGAAUGAUACGACAGCCGAAGAUAUGUUUAACAAGAUUGACAAGAAUUCGCACGAUGUUAAAUACUACAAACCUUACAGUACACUGUACAAUGACGAGAAGACAGGCACUUCACAUAUGUCGCUUCUGGAUACACACGGCAGUGCAGUGUCUGUGACAUCUUCUAUUAACGCCUACUUUGGUUCAAAACUUCGAUCGCGUGAUCUUGGCUUUAUUUACAACAAUGACUUGGCCGAUUUUGCUGAAUUCUGGCCAACCAUAUAUAACUUAACAUCGGACAAAAAAAUUCCCUACAAACGACCGGUAUCAAAAUCGAUGCCGAAUAUUUGGGUGAAGAAUAAGAAAGUACAUGCUGUCUUUGGUGCAGCAGGAGGUUUCUUCAUUCCUAGCGCAGUCGGGAUGACGAUAGCUAAUUGGUUAUUUUUCAAUGAUAACCUUAAAGUCGCCGUCAGUCGACCCCGUCUCCAUUGUCAACUUUUUCCUCCAACGGUGGUGUACGAACCGACUUUACCGCCUCCGAUGGUAGCGAAGAUUAAAGAGUUUGGACAUCAAAGUGUGACUAAUAAUACAUACGAUGUUUCAGGUCAAUCUCACGCUAUAAUGGGUGUGGUUCAAGCCAUCGUGCGUCUUCCAAACGGAAAGGUAACAGCUGAAUGUGAUUAUAGAAAAGGUGGAAAACCUGCUGGAAUAUAACAAUUAUAUAUAUAUAUAUUUAAAAAGUAG